GCCGGGCAUGCGUGUCCUUCUGUGGGUCACGAUGCUGUCUCCAUGACGUGACAAAUACAGCUCACUAAUCGCUGCCACCACCAUCAUCGACACAUAGACAAAUACCUCGAGCUUCUUCCCCUCUCUUCAACCUUCUUUCACCAUCUCAUCUCAUCUUCUUACGAUACCCCUUUACACGUAAUCCUUCUAUACCACAUCAUCACAAUGUCUAUUCCCUCUACCCAGACCCAGUAUGUCGUCACGAGCAAGGAGAAGGGCUUCGAGGGCCUCAUCAAGCAGGAAGGUCCCGUCCCCAAGCCCGGCGCGAACGAGGUUCUCGUCCGUCUCUACGGUGCUUCCCUGAACUACCGUGAUCUCAUCAUCCCCCAGGGCUUGUACCCCUUCCCCAUCGACCUCCCCGUCGUUGCCGCCUCCGAUGGUGCCGGUGAGGUCGUCGCCGUCGGCGAGAAGGUCACCAAGUGGAAGAAGGGCGACAAGGUCACCACUCUCUUCAACCAGUUCCACCAGUACGGCGACAUCGACCAGCGCGCCGCCUCCUCCGGCCUCGGCGGUGUUUUCGACGGCACUCUCCGCCAGUACGGCGUCUUCAACGAGGACGGCGUCGUCCGCACCCCCUCCAACCUCAACCACGUUGAGGCCGCCACCCUCGUGUGCGCCGGUGUGACCUCGUGGAAUGCCCUCUACGGCCUCAAGACCCUCAAGCCCGGCCAGUUCGUCCUCACCCAGGGUACCGGUGGUGUCUCCAUCUUUGCUCUCCAGUUCGCCAAGGCCGGUGGUGCCAAGGUUAUCGCUACCACUUCUUCCAAGGAGAAGUGCGAGAUGCUCAAGAAGCUCGGUGCCGAUUACGUCAUCAACUACCGCGAGGACCCCAACUGGGGCGAGACUGCCCGCAAGCUCACUCCCAACAACCAGGGUAUUGACCACAUCAUUGAGGUCGGUGGUGCCGGUACCUUGGGACAGAGCAUGAAGGCGAUCAAGUACGAGGGUAUCAUUUCCAUCAUUGGUUUCCUUGGUGGUGCUCAGCCUAAGGAGAGCAUCCUCGAUACGCUCAGCAAGAUUUGCACUGUUCGCGGUGUCUAUGUCGGUAGCAAGCAGCUGAUGGAGGAGAUGUGCCUUGCCAUUGAGGCGAACAACAUUAAGCCCGUUGUUGACAAGAGAAUCUUCAAGUUUGAUGAGGUUAAGGAGGCUUAUGAGUACAUGUGGGCCCAGAAGCACUUUGGCAAGGUCGGCAUCACGAUUGAGUAGAUGUGCUAAGCCAAGAAGCAGAUUGGCAUCAAGCUUGAGUCGAUGUUUUGAUUUUUUGAUGAAAUACUACUGUACAAUAGAUCAAUGAUACCUUGAUGCCACAACAAUGGUCCGCCUUCUUCUUUGUCCUGGUGAUACUAAUCCGACUCGGGACAUUAUCAUCCCAAUAUUUCCG